AUGUUUUUUGUUCUUAUUAUUUCCACACUCCUUGCAUGGCUUGUUGUGAGACAGUACUACAAGGCGUCUAGACUUCCGCCUGGUCCAAUUUCGCUACCUUUUAUUGGGAAUCUACCACAGAUUAUUUAUUAUCUAUACACCACUGGAGGAGUUGUUAAUACGCUUGACUUGUUCAGAAAAAGAUAUGGGAAUGUGUUCACCCUCUGGGUCGGACCGAUCCCCCAUGUGAAUAUUGCGGACUAUGAAACAUCUCAUGAAGUUUUUGUGAAAAAUGCAAACAAAUAUGCAGAGAAGUUUCAUGCCCCAAUGUUUAGAGAGUUGAGAAAAGAUAUUGGAAUUCUGACGACAAAUGGAGAUCACUGGCAAGAAAUGAGAAGGUUCGCGUUGUUCACUUUCAGAAAUAUGGGAGUGGGGAAAGAUAUGAUGGAGAUGAGAAUUAUGGAGGAGUUGAAUGCACGAUGCGUCGACAUUGAUAAGGCAGCUGUCAAUGGGGUGACCACAACCCAAGCAGCUGAAUUCUUCGACCUCACCGUGGGAAGCAUUAUCAACAGUAUUUUGGUUGGAAAACGAUUCGAUGAGCAUAACAAACAUGAAUUCUUGAAAAUCAAGGAAACAAUGGACGCCUCCUUCGAAACCUUCUCUCCAUUUGAUAUGACUGUUCCAGUUUGGUUUUUGAGACGAUUCUUCCCACAUCGGUUUGAACAAAUGCUCAAUGCACAAGAAACUUCCAAAGAGUUUGCAUCGAAGGAAGCAAUGAAAAGAAUUGAAGAUAUCAAGUCUGGAAAAUAUGUAAUUGAUGAGAACAACUUGCAAGAUUAUACCGAUGCAUUCUUAUUGAAAAUUCAGAAAGAUGGAGAGAAUGCUGAUUUUAACAUCGACUGUUUGAAGACAAUGAUUCUUGAUCUUUGGAUUACCGGCCAGGAGACUACAACAACUACUCUUAUCUCUGGAUUCAACCAACUCCUCCUUCAUCCAGAAGUUAUGGAGAAAGCAAGAAAUGAAAUCUACAAGAUCACAGAGAAUGCAUCCCGCCAGUUGAGCUUAGCUGAUCGCGUCUCAACGCCUUAUCUCAAUGCGAUGAUUGGCGAAAUUCAACGUCACGCAUCAAUUCUAAAUGUCAGUUUUUGGAAAUACAAUAAUGAGCCCGCCUAUAUGGGAGGACACUUCGUGGACUCCGGUGCUCUCGUCUGUGCCCAACUCAGUGCACUUCAUGUAAACGAGACAGUUUUCGAAAAUCCACAAGAGUUUGACCCUGAUAGAUACAUCAGAGAUGAGAAACUUCUUCAAAAAGUCAUUCCAUUCGGAGUUGGAAAGAGAUCGUGUCUUGGAGAGGCUCUCGCUAGAUCGGAACUGUAUUUGAUCUUUGGAAAUCUUCUUCUUCGUUACAAAUUCAAACCACACGGCGAACUGUCCACUAAAGAACAGAUGCCGUAUAGUGCCGGAAAAAGACCAUUCAAGUUGGAAAUGCAGUUUUUGAAAAUUUGA